CGGGGCUCCCGGGCCCCGCCGCGGACGUCGCGCCGGUUGCCCCUUCCCCGUAGCCCGUGCGCCCUCGGCGCGGAGCCCCGGCCCGCCGCGGUCCCGUCUCCUGGGCCUGGCCCGCCCGCGCCCUCCGCCGGCCCUCAGGUAUAAUACUUCUCCACGUCUGCUUCAGGAAGAAAGUGCCUGCCAUUCUUAUCAUUUCUAAGCAGGUUCAUGCCAGCCCAGAACAGAGAAUCAGUGGUCCUUAAUGCUAGAUUUGUUUUUCUUGAAAUAGUCGGCAACUGUACCUGCAGACCUCAAUCUAAGCUGGAGCCCAGAUUUCAAGUUUUGAGUAAAAUACCUUCAAGCGAAUGGGCCCUAUUGUGCUCACACAUUCAGAACCUGUUACCCAAGGAAUUCCCUAAAGCACAGAGAAGAUUAGCGUGGCUCCUGCACAAGGAUGACAUGCAAAUUCGUGAAGCAUUCCAUUAAAGAAAAAAAAAAGAAGAAAUAAACAAAUAAAUGUGGUUCAGUUGAGACUAACUUAAGAAAUGAAUUGAAUUAGAAGUGUGUCUCACCAACCAGCCAAGAUGAACAUGGUGAAGAGGAUCAUGGGGCGGCCGAGGCAGGAGGAGUGCAGCCCACAAGACAACGCCUUAGGACUGAUGCACCUCCGCCGGCUCUUCACGGAGUUGUGCCAUCCUCCCCGGCACAUGACUCAGAAGGAACAAGAAGAGAAACUGUAUAUGAUGCUGCCAGUGUUUAACAGGGUUUUUGGAAAUGCUCCGCCAAAUACAAUGACAGAAAAAUUUUCUGAUCUUCUGCAGUUCACAACACAAGUCUCACGACUAAUGGUGACAGAAAUUCGAAGGAGAGCAUCAAACAAAUCCACAGAGGCUGCAAGUCGGGCCAUAGUUCAGUUCCUGGAGAUCAAUCAGAGUGAAGAAGCCAGUAGAGGCUGGAUGCUUCUAACGACAAUUAAUUUGUUAGCUUCCUCUGGUCAGAAAACCGUGGACUGCAUGACAACAAUGUCAGUGCCUUCCACCCUGGUUAAAUGUUUAUAUCUGUUUUUUGACCUUCCACAUGUGCCUGAGGCAGUUGGAGGUGCACAGAAUGAGCUACCUCUAGCAGAACGUCGAGGACUACUCCAGAAAGUUUUUGUACAGAUCUUAGUGAAACUGUGCAGUUUUGUUUCCCCUGCGGAGGAGCUGGCUCAGAAAGAUGAUCUCCAGCUUCUAUUCAGUGCAAUAACCUCUUGGUGCCCUCCCUAUAACCUGCCUUGGAGAAAGAGUGCUGGAGAAGUCCUCAUGACCAUAUCUCGUCAUGGUCUUAGUGUCAAUGUAGUGAAGUAUAUUCAUGAGAAAGAGUGUUUAUCUACAUGUGUUCAGAAUAUGCAGCAAUCAGAUGACCUGUCUCCCCUAGAAAUUGUCGAAAUGUUUGCUGGGCUUUCUUGUUUCCUCAAAGAUUCCAGCGAUGUUUCCCAAACACUUCUGGAUGAUUUUCGGAUAUGGCAAGGAUAUAAUUUUCUUUGUGAUCUCUUGCUUAGAUUGGAACAAGCAAAAGAGGCAGAAUCCAAAGAUGCCUUGAAAGAUCUGGUUAAUCUGAUAACUUCCCUAACAACAUAUGGUGUCAGUGAACUAAAACCAGCUGGUAUUACCACAGGGGCACCCUUUUUAUUGCCUGGAUUUGCAGUACCUCAGCCUGCAGGCAAAGGUCACAGUGUGAGAAACGUCCAGGCCUUUGCAGUUCUUCAGAAUGCAUUUUUAAAAGCAAAAACCAGCUUCCUUGCCCAAGUCAUCCUUGAUGCUAUCACAAAUAUUUACAUGGCUGACAAUGCCAAUUACUUCAUCCUAGAAUCACAGCACACAUUGUCACAGUUUGCAGAGAAGAUUUCUAAACUCCCAGAAGUACAAAACAAAUACUUUGAGAUGCUGGAGUUUGUUGUUUUUAGCUUAAAUUAUAUACCUUGUAAAGAACUUAUUAGUGUCAGUAUCCUCUUAAAAUCUAGCUCUUCUUAUCACUGUAGCAUUAUUGCAAUGAAAACACUUCUUAAGUUUACAAGACAUGACUACAUAUUUAAAGAUGUGUUCAGGGAGGUUGGCCUUUUGGAGGUCAUGGUAAACCUUUUGCAUAAAUAUGCUGCCCUGUUGAAGGAUCCAACUCAGGCACUAAAUGAACAAGGGGACUCAAGAAAUAAUAGUUCAGUUGAAGACCAAAAACACCUGGCUUUAUUGGUUAUGGAGACCUUGACAGUGCUUCUUCAAGGAUCGAACACAAAUGCAGGAAUUUUUCGAGAAUUUGGAGGUGCAAGAUGUGCACAUAAUAUAGUAAAGUACCCUCAAUGCCGGCAGCAUGCCCUGAUGACUAUCCAACAGCUGGUGCUCUCGCCAAAUGGGGAUGAUGACAUGGGCACUCUCCUGGGGCUAAUGCAUUCAGCCCCACCGACGGAAUUGCAGUUGAAGACUGAUAUUUUAAGGGCCCUCCUGUCGGUCCUUCGAGAAAGCCAUCGUUCAAGAACAGUUUUUAGGAAAGUUGGAGGAUUUGUGUACAUUACAUCCUUGCUCGUUGCUAUGGAAAGAUCUUUGAGCUGUCCACCCAAGAAUGGCUGGGAGAAAGUGAACCAGAAUCAAGUGUUUGAACUUCUUCACACUGUGUUCUGCACGUUGACUGCAGCAAUGCGCUAUGAGCCAGCCAACUCUCAUUUCUUCAAAACAGAGAUUCAGUAUGAGAAGUUGGCAGAUGCUGUUCGAUUUCUUGGCUGCUUCUCAGACCUAAGAAAAAUAAGCGCCAUGAAUGUCUUCCCCUCAAAUAUACAACCAUUUCAAAGACUUUUAGAGGAAGAUGUAAUCUCGAUAGAAUCAGUGUCACCCACGUUACGGCACUGCAGUAAACUUUUUAUUUAUCUUUACAAAGUAGCCACAGAUUCUUUUGACAGUCGUGCAGAACAGAUCCCUCCUUGCCUGACAAGUGAGUCUUCUCUCCCCUCUCCUUGGGGUACACCAGCUUUGUCCAGGAAAAGGCAUGCAUAUCAUUCUGUUUCAACUCCCCCUAUUUACCCUCCUAAAAAUGUUGCCGACCUGAAACUACAUGUGACAACUUCAUCUCUCCAGAGUUCUGAUGCAGUCAUCAUUCAUCCUGGAGCCAUGCUUGCCAUGCUGGACCUACUGGCCUCUGUUGGGUCAGUGACACAGCCAGAACAUGCUUUGGAUCUUCAACUUGCCGUGGCAAAUAUUUUACAAUCCCUGGUGCACACAGAAAGGAACCAGCAAGUCAUGUGUGAAGCUGGUCUUCAUGCACGACUGCUGCAGAGGUGCAGUGCUGCAUUGGCUGAUGAGGACCACUCACUGCACCCGCCCCUGCAGCGGAUGUUUGAACGAUUAGCCUCUCAGGCCCUGGAACCCAUGGUGUUGAGGGAGUUUUUACGUUUGGCAAGUCCUUUAAAUUGUGGUGCCUGGGACAAAAAACUGCUAAAACAAUAUAGGGUCCACAAACCAAGUUCACUGAGUUAUGAACCAGAAAUGAGAAGUAGUAUGAUCACAUCUCUGGAAGGUCUGGGUACUGAUAAUGUUUUUAGCUUACAUGAAGAUAACCAUUACCGGAUAAGCAAGAGCCUGGUAAAAUCUGCGGAAGGAAGUACUGUACCCCUGACCAGGGUGAAGUGUCUGGUCUCCAUGACAACCCCACAUGACAUCAGACUUCAUGGGUCAUCAGUUACUCCAGCUUUUGUUGAAUUUGACACAUCACUUGAAGGGUUUGGAUGUCUUUUUUUGCCCAGUUUGGCCCCUCAUAAUGCUCCUACGAAUAAUACCGUCACAACAGGUCUUAUUGAUGGGGCUGUGGUCAGUGGCAUUGGUUCUGGUGAAAGAUUCUUCCCUCCUCCCUCUGGCUUAAGUUACUCUAGCUGGUUUUGUAUUGAACAUUUUAGUUCUCCUCCAAAUAACCACCCUGUCAGAAUUCUUACCGUUGUGCGCCGAGCAAAUUCUUCUGAGCAACAUUACGUGUGCCUUGCAAUAGUUCUAUCAGCAAAAGACCGAUCUCUGAUUGUUUCCACCAAAGAGGAACUCCUCCAAAAUUAUGUUGAUGAUUUUAGUGAAGAGUCCUCAUUUUAUGAAAUUCUCCCAUGCUGUGCUCGCUUUCGAUGUGGAGAGCUUAUCAUUGAGGGACAGUGGCAUCAUUUGGUCCUGGUAAUGAGCAAAGGCAUGUUGAAAAACAGUACUGCAGCCCUUUAUAUUGAUGGACAGCUUGUUAACACUGUAAAGCUUCAUUAUGUCCACAGUACUCCAGGGGGUUCAGGUUCGGCAAAUCCACCAGUGGUGAGCACGGUCUAUGCCUACAUUGGUACUCCACCUGCCCAACGCCAAAUUGCCUCAUUGGUUUGGCGCCUGGGACCCACACAUUUUCUAGAAGAAGUUUUACCUUCUUCAAAUGUUACUACCAUUUAUGAACUUGGACCAAAUUAUGUUGGAAGCUUUCAGGCUGUAUGUAUGCCAUGUAAAGAUGCAAAAUCCGAAGGGGUAGUGCCAUCCCCUGUGUCAUUAGUACCAGAGGAGAAGGUGUCAUUUGGCCUCUAUGCACUCUCUGUGUCGUCUCUAACAGUGGCAAGAAUCCGCAAAGUGUAUAACAAAUUGGAUAGCAAAGCCAUUGCUAAGCAGUUAGGCAUUUCCUCACAUGAGAAUGCCACUCCUGUGAAGUUGAUACACAAUUCAGCAGGACAUCUUAAUGGAUCUGCACGGACAAUUGGGGCCGCUCUAAUUGGAUACUUGGGAGUAAGAACAUUUGUCCCUAAGCCUGUUGCCACUACUUUGCAGUACAUUGGUGGAGCUGCAGCCAUCCUGGGCCUGGUGGCCAUGGCCUCUGAUGUGGAAGGGUUAUAUGCAGCAGUCAAGGCCCUGGUUUGUGUGGUCAAGAGUAACCCACUAGCCAGCAAAGAAAUGGAAAGAAUCAAGGGCUAUCAGUUGCUGGCAAUGUUGCUUAAGAAGAAACGUUCCCUUCUUAACAGCCACAUCCUCCAUCUAACUUUUUCUUUGGUGGGAACUGUUGAUAGUGGACAUGAGACCUCCAUUAUUCCAAAUUCAACUGCUUUCCAGGACCUCCUCUGUGAUUUUGAAGUCUGGCUCCAUGCACCAUAUGAACUUCAUCUUUCCUUAUUUGAACACUUUAUUGAACUGCUCACAGAGUCCAGUGAAGCCUCAAAGAAUGCCAAAUUAAUGAGAGAAUUCCAGUUAAUCCCAAAGCUGCUCCUGACUCUUCGAGAUAUGUCUUUAUCCCAGCCUACUAUUGCUGCUAUUAGUAAUGUCCUGAGCUUCUUACUGCAAGGUUUUCCCAGCAGCAAUGAUCUGCUCAGAUUUGGGCAGUUUAUUUCUUCUACUUUGCCAACCUUUGCGGUUUGUGAGAAAUUUGUAGUAAUGGAAAUAAAUAAUGAAGAGAAGCUUGACACUGGAACUGAAGAGGAGUUUGGAGGUCUUGUAUCAGCUAAUCUUAUACUUUUGAGGAACAGACUUCUGGAUAUCUUGCUAAAACUAAUUUAUACAUCUAAAGAAAAGACAAGCAUUAAUUUGCAAGCUUGUGAAGAACUGGUGAAGACACUGGGUUUUGACUGGAUCAUGAUGUUUAUGGAGGAACACUUACAUUCCACCACAGUUACAGCAGCCAUGAGGAUUCUUGUUGUCCUACUAAGUAAUCAGUCUAUUCUCAUCAAGUUUAAAGAAGGACUUAGUGGUGGAGGAUGGCUUGAACAGACAGAUUCUGUCUUAACUAAUAAGAUCGGAACUGUAUUAGGAUUCAACGUGGGCAGAAGUGCUGGUGGGAGAUCGACGGUCAGGGAGAUUAACCGAGACGCUUGUCAUUUUCCUGGUUUUCCAGUCCUUCAGUCAUUCCUUCCUAAACACACUAAUGUCCCUGCCCUCUAUUUUCUCCUCAUGGCCUUGUUUCUGCAGCAGCCAGUUAGUGAGCUGCCUGAGAACCUGCAGGUCAGUGUGCCUGUCAUCAGCUGCCGGAGUAAGCAGGGUUGCCAGUUUGAUUUGGAUUCCAUUUGGACAUUCAUCUUUGGAGUUCCUGCCUCCAGCGGAACUGUGGUCUCUUCUAUCCAUAACGUAUGCACAGAAGCUGUUUUUUUAUUAUUGGGAAUGCUCCGCAGCAUGCUGACUUCACCUUGGCAAUCAGAAGAAGAGGGAUCUUGGCUCCGAGAAUAUCCUGUGACCCUGAUGCAGUUCUUCAGAUAUUUGUAUCACAACGUCCCAGACCUUGCCUCCAUGUGGAUGAGCCCUGACUUCCUGUGUGCAUUAGCAGCCACGGUCUUCCCCUUCAAUAUUCGCCCUUACUCAGAGAUGGUGACUGACCUUGAUGAUGAAGUUGGAUCUCCAGCAGAAGAGUUUAAAGCAUUUGCAGCAGAUACAGGGAUGAACAGGAGCCAAUCAGAGUACUGCAAUGUGGGCACCAAGACAUAUCUGACCAAUCACCCGGCUAAAAAGUUCGUUUUUGACUUCAUGCGGGUCUUAAUCAUAGACAACCUCUGUCUCACUCCUGCCAGCAAGCAAACUCCACUAAUUGAUCUUUUGUUGGAGGCUUCCCCUGAAAGGUCUACAAGAACUCAGCAAAAAGAGUUUCAAACUUACAUUUUGGAUAGUGUGAUGGACCAUUUGCUUGCAGCUGAUGUGUUAUUAGGGGAAGAUGCAUCUCUGCCUAUUACCAGUGGAGGAAGCUACCAGGUAUUGGUGAACAAUGUGUUUUAUUUCACACAGCGUGUGGUGGACAAGCUUUGGCAAGGCAUGUUCAACAAAGAAUCUAAACUUCUUAUAGAUUUUAUAAUUCAACUAAUUGCACAGUCAAAGAGAAGAUCACAGGGAUUGUCACUGGAUGCAGUGUAUCAUUGCCUCAAUAGGACCAUCUUGUACCAGUUCUCACGGGCACACAAAACCGUUCCUCAGCAAGUAGCUCUGCUUGAUUCACUCAGGGUCCUCACUGUAAACAGAAACUUGAUCCUGGGACCUGGGAACCAUGACCAAGAAUUCAUUAGCUGUCUGGCCCACUGCUUGAUAAAUCUACAUGUUGGAAGCAAUGUGGAUGGAUUUGGACUGGAAGCAGAAGCCCGCAUGACCACAUGGCACAUUAUGAUCCCCUCGGACAUUGAACCAGAUGGUAGUUACAGCCAAGAUAUUAGCGAAGGGCGUCAGCUUCUCAUAAAAGCUGUCAACAGAGUUUGGACUGAACUGAUACAUAGUAAGAAACAAGUCUUAGAGGAACUUUUCAAAGUAACUCUACCUGUGAAUGAAAGGGGCCACGUGGACAUAGCUACAGCAAGGCCACUCAUUGAAGAAGCUGCCCUGAAGUGCUGGCAGAAUCAUUUGGCCCAUGAAAAGAAAUGCAUAAGUCGAGGAGAAGCUUUAGCGCCCACCACACAGUCCAAAUUAUCCCGUGUCAGCAGUGGCUUUGGUCUUUCCAAGUUAACAGGAUCAAGAAGGAAUCGAAAAGAAAGUGGUCUUAAUAAACACAGUCUUUCCACCCAGGAGAUUUCGCAGUGGAUGUUUACUCACAUUGCUGUUGUUCGUGACUUAGUAGAUACACAAUAUAAAGAAUAUCAGGAGCGUCAGCAGAAUGCCCUGAAGUACGUGACAGAAGAGUGGUGUCAGAUCGAGUGCGAGCUGUUGCGGGAGCGGGGGCUGUGGGGCCCUCCCAUCGGCUCCCACCUCGACAAGUGGAUGCUGGAGAUGACAGAAGGGCCCUGCAGGAUGAGGAAAAAGAUGGUGCGAAAUGAUAUGUUUUAUAACCAUUACCCUUACGUGCCAGAAACUGAGCAAGAGACAAAUGUGGCGUCUGAGAUCCCAAGUAAACAGCCUGAGACACCUGAUGAUAUUCCUCAAAAGAAACCUGCUCGAUAUAGAAGAGCCGUAAGUUAUGACAGUAAAGAGUACUACAUGCGACUGGCCUCUGGCAAUCCCGCCAUUGUCCAAGACGCCAUUGUGGAGAGUUCAGAAGGCGAAGCUGCUCAGCAAGAACCAGAGCAUGGGGAAGACACUAUUGCUAAAGUCAAAGGUUUGGUCAAGCCUCCUCUAAAACGCUCCCGAUCUGCACCUGAUGGAGGAGAUGAGGAGAACCAGGAGCAGCUACAAGACCAGAUUGCUGAGGGCAGCUCCAUAGAAGAGGAGGAGAAAACAGAUAAUGCUACCUUACUGCGCCUGUUAGAGGAAGGAGAAAAGAUCCAACACAUGUACCGCUGUGCUCGAGUCCAGGGCCUAGAUACCAGUGAGGGGCUCCUUCUUUUUGGUAAAGAGCAUUUUUAUGUGAUUGAUGGAUUUACCAUGACAGCAACCAGGGAAAUAAGAGAUAUUGAAACCUUACCUCCAAAUAUGCAUGAGCCUAUUAUUCCUAGAGGAGCCAGGCAAGGCCCUAGUCAACUCAAGAGAACAUGCAGCAUUUUUGCAUAUGAAGAUAUCAAGGAAGUUCAUAAAAGGAGAUAUCUCCUGCAGCCUAUUGCUGUGGAAGUUUUCUCUGGAGAUGGACGGAAUUACCUCCUUGCUUUUCAGAAAGGAAUCAGAAACAAAGUCUAUCAAAGGUUUUUGGCUGUAGUGCCAUCUCUAACGGACAGUUCAGAAUCUGUAUCUGGGCAACGACCAAACACGAGUGUGGAGCAGGGAUCUGGGUUACUUAGCACUUUGGUUGGAGAGAAGUCUGUGACUCAGAGAUGGGAGAGAGGUGAAAUCAGCAACUUCCAAUAUUUGAUGCAUUUGAACACUUUGGCUGGCAGAUCAUAUAAUGAUCUCAUGCAGUAUCCUGUCUUCCCCUGGAUCCUUGCAGAUUACGACUCAGAGGAGGUGGAUCUUACUAAUCCCAAGACGUUUAGAAACCUGGCUAAGCCAAUGGGAGCACAAACAGAUGAACGAUUAGCUCAGUAUAAGAAGCGGUAUAAAGACUGGGAGGAUCCUAAUGGAGAAACUCCUGCAUACCACUAUGGGACCCACUAUUCAUCUGCAAUGAUUGUGGCCUCAUACCUUGUAAGGAUGGAGCCUUUCACACAGAUAUUCUUAAGGCUACAGGGUGGCCACUUUGACCUGGCUGACCGGAUGUUUCACAGUGUGCGCGAGGCCUGGUAUUCAGCGUCAAAGCACAACAUGGCAGAUGUAAAAGAACUUAUCCCAGAGUUCUUUUAUUUACCAGAAUUUCUGUUCAAUUCCAACAACUUUGAUCUAGGCUGUAAACAAAAUGGCACCAAGCUUGGAGAUGUUAUCCUUCCACCCUGGGCAAAAGGGGACCCACGAGAAUUCAUCAGAGUCCAUCGUGAGGCUUUGGAGUGUGAUUACGUGAGUGCCCAUCUACAUGAGUGGAUUGACUUAAUCUUCGGUUAUAAACAGCAAGGCCCUGCUGCAGUAGAAGCUGUAAAUGUCUUCCAUCAUCUUUUUUAUGAGGGUCAAGUGGAUAUCUACAACAUCAAUGACCCACUAAAGGAGACAGCCACAAUUGGGUUCAUUAAUAACUUCGGUCAGAUCCCUAAACAGUUAUUUAAAAAACCUCAUCCACCAAAGCGAGUGAGAAGUCGACUCAAUGGAGACAAUGCAGGAAUCUCUGUCCUACCUGGAUCUACAAGUGACAAGAUCUUUUUUCAUCAUCUAGACAACUUGAGGCCUUCUCUAACACCUGUAAAAGAACUCAAAGAACCUGUAGGACAAAUCAUAUGUACAGAUAAAGGUAUUCUUGCGGUGGAACAGAAUAAGGUUCUUAUCCCACCAACCUGGAAUAAAACUUUUGCUUGGGGCUAUGCAGACCUCAGUUGCAGACUGGGAACCUAUGAGUCAGACAAGGCCAUGACUGUUUAUGAAUGCUUGUCUGAGUGGGGCCAGAUUCUCUGUGCAAUUUGCCCCAACCCCAAGCUGGUCAUCACGGGUGGAACAAGCACGGUUGUGUGUGUGUGGGAGAUGGGCACCUCCAAAGAAAAGGCCAAGACCGUCACCCUCAAACAGGCCUUACUGGGCCACACUGAUACCGUCACCUGCGCCACAGCAUCAUUAGCCUAUCACAUAAUUGUCAGUGGGUCCCGUGAUCGAACCUGUAUCAUUUGGGAUUUGAACAAACUGUCAUUUCUAACCCAGCUUCGAGGGCAUCGAGCUCCAGUUUCUGCUCUUUGUAUCAAUGAAUUAACAGGGGACAUUGUGUCCUGCGCUGGCACAUAUAUCCAUGUGUGGAGCAUCAAUGGGAACCCUAUCGUGAGUGUCAACACGUUCACAGGUAGGAGCCAGCAGAUCAUCUGCUGCUGCAUGUCGGAGAUGAACGAAUGGGACACGCAGAACGUCAUAGUGACAGGACACUCAGAUGGAGUGGUUCGGUUUUGGAGAAUGGAAUUUUUGCAAGUUCCUGAAACACCAGCUCCUGAGCCUGCUGAAGUCCUAGAAAUGCAGGAAGACUGUCCAGAAGCACAAAUAGGGCAGGAAGCCCAAGACGAGGACAGCAGUGAUUCAGAAGCAGAUGAGCAGAGCAUCAGCCAGGACCCUAAGGACACUCCAAGCCAACCCAGCAGCACCAGCCACAGGCCCCGGGCAGCCUCCUGCCGCGCAACAGCCGCCUGGUGUACUGACAGUGGCUCUGACGACUCCAGACGCUGGUCCGACCAGCUCAGUCUAGAUGAGAAAGACGGCUUCAUAUUUGUGAACUAUUCAGAGGGCCAGACCAGAGCCCAUCUGCAGGGCCCCCUUAGCCACCCCCACCCCAAUCCCAUUGAGGUGCGGAAUUACAGCAGAUUGAAACCUGGGUACCGAUGGGAACGGCAGCUGGUGUUCAGGAGUAAGCUGACUAUGCACACAGCCUUUGAUCGAAAGGACAAUGCACACCCAGCUGAGGUCACUGCCUUGGGCAUCUCCAAGGAUCACAGUAGGAUCCUCGUUGGUGACAGUCGAGGCCGAGUUUUCAGCUGGUCCGUGAGUGACCAGCCAGGCCGUUCUGCUGCUGAUCACUGGGUGAAGGAUGAAGGCGGUGACAGCUGCUCAGGCUGCUCGGUGAGGUUUUCACUCACAGAAAGACGACACCAUUGCAGGAACUGUGGUCAGCUCUUCUGCCAGAAGUGCAGUCGAUUUCAAUCUGAAAUCAAACGCUUGAAAAUCUCAUCCCCGGUGCGUGUUUGUCAGAACUGUUAUUAUAACUUACAGCAUGAGAGAGGUUCAGAAGAUGGGCCUCGAAAUUGUUGAAGAUUCAACAAGCUGAGUGGAGACCAUGGUCUGUAGACCCCUUCCCGAUUCUCCUGUCCCAGCUUGGAAGGCAUUGAAAACAGUCUCCGUUUACACAUCUCUUCAUACCACGUGUUUGAAGUGUUAAAAUUCAAAGGGAUCAUUGAAUAAAACGGGUGUAGAGUACAGGAAUGGGGCAGACGCGAUUCAGGUGAACAGCACAAGAAGAAUAUGAGGUGGUUCCUAGGAGCAACACUUUCGAUCUCCAGUUCUCCCUGAUGACAGUAGCUGUCUCCAAGAGAAAACUCCUCACUUAUUAACUCUCUUUUCUUGCAUCUCAUUUUUAUAGAGCUACUCAUCCUUAUUUGGAAAAACCAACAACAAAAAAGGCUUUUAGAAAAUGGUUGUAAAUCUGACUUCUUUGCAAGUAACUAUGUAUAUUGUAAAUAGAUAUAAAAGGCCUUUUUUCUAAAUAAGGACUUAACUGCCUGUAACAUGAAACUUCAAACUAAACCACUAACUCAAUGAACUACUUAUGGUUUGUCUGAUAUCCCUCACUUACCAAUUAAUUAUAAAUAUGUUUUUUUAAAUCCCCAAAGACAUUAUCUGUGGUCUUUUUUUCCUUUCAAGCUCAGCCUGUGUGCCUGAUGUCAUUUCUUUCAAGUUGCCCACAGUAUCUCCACUUAAACUAGGCUAGUAACCAAAAUAAUGUGGACCUUCUUUAGGAAACAGUGUGGGAGAAUAGGAUUCCAGCCGUAAGAUAAACUGGAAAUAUCUGGGCGUCUUGUACCUGGCUACGCACCACCUCAGUGUUGUUCCUACAUAAACAGGGCCCCUUUUAAACUUGUAUGUGGACUGCUGUUUGGUCAAAGAAUACCUUCUUAGCAUUGCAGAAAGGUGGUCAGAUGACCAAUGUAGUGCAGGAAACAGCCCUGUCUCAACUAAUGGAAAUAUAUUUGCAUGUAACCCAAAAUUAGCUUAUCUUGCAUAGAACAUAAUAAGUAUGUGUCUUUGGUGACACUGAUGUUCUACUAUAGCUUAUUUUCAAACAAGGGGUAAAAAAAGGAAAGAAAGAAGUGUACAGAAUUAACAUUUAAACUUUGUUGUAAAACUGAAUCAUGUCAGAACUGCUUAAAAUUAACCUUUACCAUUUAAUGUCAUCUACCUGAAAACAGUGAGAUUUAUACUGUAUCAAUGUCUAUUUUUUUGUUUUUGCUAUGAAUAUAAUUACAGUAUUUUAAUAUUUAGUUAUUUAAUUUGUUCUACUAGUUGGAUACAGAACACACAAAUCCAGGGGGAUUAAAGCUGGAAGGGGCUAAGAGAUUAGUUUACAGAGAAAAGGCUUGGAGGUGGGAUUUUUUUAAAUGUGUGUUAUGUACAUAUAUAUAUAUAUAAUAUAUAUUAAAAAAUGAAACAAUUAAUCUAGAUUUUAACGUUUUCAGAAACUUAGUGAUAACAUUAUGAACAAUUCUAAAAGCCCUGUGAUUUGAAAAAUGUAGAAUCAUUAAUGGCCCAAGAUAGGCCUUCACACCUUCACAGGUGCGAAAGGAAAGGCCUUCACACCCUCACAGAGGCAUCAUGCAAAGGACAGCGGCUUUGGCUUUUCCAAUUUUCCGUCUUUAGGCCCUGGUGAGAGGCACACUUAUGCACUAAAAUGCACAUAUAUGCACAUGCAUUCAAAAAUAGGCAUUUGGUACAAUGGUGAUCUUGUACCUGAUGGGCUGAAACCAGCUUAAGAACAAAUUUGUUCUUCCUGAUAUGAUAACUAGGUCUCCAAGAGAAAAUAGAAAGGCUGCUUUAGUGCCUUACGCUUACUAAAUUUAAAUCUUUAUUUACCUGGGUUUGAGCCUACAGUCUAUUUAUGAUUACGUAUCAAAAUUGAUUAAAACACUUCCAUUUCUAAAAGUUCAAAUAUACUUGUUAAUAAAAGGAUUAUCGGCAUUAAUACUUUAACUUAAAGAAAA